AUGUGCAAGGAUUGUAGGAGAAACCACAAUCUAAUCAAUAUUUCUCAGCCUUGUAUAGUAGACAAUAUUGAGGAGGAAGUAGUGAAUGUGCAAGCAGAAAGGUUGAAACAGAGGAAAGAUUUGGAAGCUAAGAAGUGCAGUUCCCAACCUGUGAAGAAACCCAGAACAAUGAAUCCUGAGUCCAACAAGCAAACCUCUCACCCCAACAUUACAACCUCACAGCCCAAAAAACCAACAAUGAAGCCCAUGUCUGAGCCCAACCAACAAAAGGUGAAGCUCAAAAAGACAACAGCUCAGCCCAUGAAGCAUGUUCCUCAGGCUAAGAAGACCAGUUAUCAGGCUAAAUCAGUCCCACCUCAAUCAUCAUUAGAGGCAGCCAAUAACUCACAAGGGGCAAAGGAGAAACAAAGUAGCAGUGGCUGCAUAGUCACAAGAUCUAGAAGACAAGUGAAGGAAGCUCCCUUCCAGGAAAAUGACACUGACUCUCAUGACUCUUAUGAGAGUACUGAAGAUGAAUUGUAUAGGCCUCCAAAAAUUGUAGGAGACAACCUCUAUAGCAGUGAUAGUGACAGUGACUCUGGUAACAGAAAAAGAAGUGGAGAAAGGGACAGCAGGUCUGAAGUCAGAGAGAAGCAGAAGUCCCCUAAGAAAAGAUUAGUUGAUAAACAAAUAGACACUUACGAUUCUAACUAUGAGGAUUUUGAAGAUGAACAAAGCUCUGAGUCUGAUUUAGAUGAUAGUGAAUGUGCCUCAGAUGCUGACUCCUGGCAUUCAGAGGAUUCUGAAAAGGUGUUGGAGUCUGAUGAAGAAUCACCAGCUGUAUACCCUCAGCUCAAUGAGAAAACCAAGUUUGGACAGUUGAAAUUUGAGGUUAGUAUGGUAUUUAAAUCCAAGUCUAAAUUCAUGCAAGCAACUAGGGAUUAUGCAAUCCAGUAG